AUGGCGAAAUGCAGCGUGUUACUGCUUGGAAUCCUGCUGAUGGAUUUCUCAGCAUUGGUAAAGUCACACCAUGGAAAUGGUACAGUUCGCAACUUGGAGGAGAUCAUAAUUGGCAGAUGUUAUAAUUACAUCAGAGUAGUGAAUCCUACAGUAGGAGAAAAGGACUGUUCAGCAAUCUGGGAAACGUUUCGAAAUGCCUUUGCUUAUAAGGAGCCCAGCAAUGUCCUUCCGACUGACUAUAAGGAUUUUAUCAAUCUGGCACGGCAUGCUAUCCCUCGGGAUAAGGCAUUAUUCUGGGAAAAUACCAAGCUUCUGGUGCACAGAUAUUCAGAUAAAGCCAGGCGGAUGAUGCCUCUUGGUGACUCUCUGAUUGGUUUUUUGGCAGAUAACUUGGACUGGUGUGGACAACGUGAACCCCCUGGCAUAAACUAUGAAACCUGCCCCACAAAUAACCCAGUGAAUUCCUUUUGGAAAAUAGCAUCUGAAUCAUAUGCAAAGGAAGCCUCAGGAGUCGUGACAGUGAUGCUGAACGGUUCGGUUUCAGAUGGAACUUUUCCAAAAGAAGGGUUUUUCGCUAAACAUGAGCUUCCGAAUUUAAGAAAUGACAAAAUCUCUGAAAUACAGAUUUGGGUCAUGAACAAUAUUGAUGGACCUGUUAGGGAGACUUGUGGGACAGGCACUGUGAAAGAUCUUGAAGACAUCAUAAAAGGACGACAUUUCAGCUACUCUUGCACAGACAAUUACAGAGUUAUUCGCCUGCUGCAAUGUGUGGACCUGCCAAACCAUCCAGCCUGCAAAUGUAUUUAA